CUCUCUGCGUCAGCCGUUCUCUGUGUUUACAUCUGAUUUCCCUCUAUCCAUUAAAACCCUAACUGGGUUCAGUAGUAUAUAAAGCUUGGAUUUUCCACAUUCUUCCGACGAUUAUACGCAUUGUGCACGUAUGCUACUGCAUUCUGCAUAAAUAAGAAUCGUUGACAUCUCGGUUCAACCCUUCUUGAUCUUCUUAGGUUUCAUUCUGGUGAGAUGGUCGCCGGCUCCAAAUUUGAAGGCGGGACGCACAACUUAUCUCCCGGUGUUCGAAUGACGAUAGAGACUCUCAAAGAAGUUGCAAAGGGCCACUCUGAGGCUGAUAUAUACGCUACUCUCAAAGAGUCUAACAUGGACCCUAACGAGACUUUUCAGAAAUUGUACCAUCAGGACACAUUUCAUGAGGUGAAGAGACGAAGAGAUAGAAAGAAAGAGGCACUGAAUGUGCCAAAAGUUAACAUUCAGAAUACUGGGUAUAAGACUGAAGAGGACAGAAAAGAAUUUCAACCUGCUAAUCUACCUGCGAAACCCAAAACACAUAACAAUCUCAUUCGAAGAGGACCUUACAAGCGGAAUGCUUUGCCUGGUACUGGAGUUGGCUUCCGUGUUGUGAGGGACAAUAGAAUAAACCAACACACAGAUACAGAAACUCUGAAGCCUGCACAUGGCUCUACUCAUUCUGAACCAGUGAUGCCUAAUUCAUUGACAAGUUCAAAAGGGAGUUCAAACAACAAGGUGUCUAGUGGGGAUCAUCCACAUGCUUCAAAUGAACCCAUAAGCUCUCAACCUGUGCCACCCAGGGAUGCUAAUGUAACUGCAACUAAUAUGAAAAAUUUUCCAAGGGAGCGGCAGGUUUCUGAUAUAAAUGGCACUUCACAGAUGGGAUCAGUGAAGCAAAACGGUUCUAAGCCACAUUCUACAGCAUCAUCAAACAAUUCUGUGUUAGGAGUUUAUUCCUCUUCUUCAGACCCCGUUCAUGUACCAUCUCAUGAUUCCCGAUCUGCUACUAAUGUUGGAGGUAUUAAACGUGAUGUUGGAGUGGUAGGUGCGCGCCGUCAACCCAUGGAAAGCUCUGCUAAACCUUCAUCAUCACAGAGUAGCUCAUUUUCAAAUUCUCAUGCAGGGCAGCAACGCCCUACCUCUAGAGGAGCUAUGCGGUCUUUUAAUUCCUUUUCCAAAACUGAUCAAAAUGCUGCCUCUGUUUCUUCUAGCCAUUCAGGUGGCAGAUCUUUUACUAGUUAUCAACACAAUCAUAGAAUGCAUCAAUCAGUGGGCCAUCAGAAAGGUGUGCAGCCGAAUAAGGAGUGGAAGCCUAAGUUGAGCCAGAAGUCAGGUGUUAAUGGGCCUGAGCCUGAUGUGGAACCUGAAAAAUCUGCUUCUCCAGCCAAUAGAUCUGAUUACAUGGAAGAAGCAUCAUCCAAUUUGCAAGAUAAAAUUUCAAGGGUAAACAUAUCUGAGAAUGUCAUCAUAGCUCCACACCUUCGUGUUUCAGAGAGUGACAAGUAUCGCUUGACCUUCGGCAGCUUGGAUGCUGAUUUUCAAUCUCCUAACACUUCUGCUGAAGAACAACACAAUGAGCACUCUGAAAGUUUGUCUGCGUCGGUUUCUGAUCCUUUGAGUGAAGAACCAGCUGGUGGCAAGCAACUAGUUUUGGAUGAUGAUCUCCCCCAAAAUUCAGGAUCCAGUUCUCCUGUACCCUGUGCAAUUCCUGACCCUCCACAGAUUGAUAAAAAGGAGUCUUCAACUCCUCAGCAAUUGGAUAACUAUGCUGAUGUUGGAUUGGUUCAAGAUAGCACCAAUUCAUUUGACUCACAACGGCAGCAGGAUGCCUCGGAUUUACCAACUUUCUCUGCAUAUGAUCCUCAAACUGGCUAUGAUUUAUCGUAUUUCAGACCGAAUACAGCUGAUGAAGCUGUACGAAGACAGGGUUUACUUUCACCUCAAGAGGUUCUCAGCACACAUGGUGGUAAUAUCAUCCCUGCAUCUUCAAUUGGAAUGGUCCCACAAGUGCAGCAGCAGCAACAGCAGCCAGUAGCCCAGAUGUAUCCACAAGUUCAUGUUCCUCACUUUACCAGUAUAAUGCCCUAUAGACAGUUCCUCUCCCCUGUUUAUGUUCCUCCAAUGGCUAUGCCUGGUUACUCCAGUAAUCCUGCGUAUCCUCAUCCUUCUAAUGGUAGCAGUUAUGUACUGAUGCCUGGAGGCAGUUCCCAUUUAAGUGCUAGUGGGCUCAAAUAUGGAAUGCAGCAAUACAAAGCGGUCCCUACUGGUAGUCAAACGGGAUUUGGAAGUUUCACUAGUCCUACGGGUUAUGCCAUGAAUGCUCCAGGCGUGAUUGGCAGUGCAGCAGGGCUUGAUGAUUCAACUCGACUCAAGUACAAGGAUGGAAACCUAUAUGUUCCUAAUCCACAGGCAGAGACAUCAGAAAUUUGGAUGAACGCAAGGGACGUACCUAAUUUGCAGACAGGGUCAUAUUUCAACAUGCCUGCACAAACACCACACGGGGCCUAUAUGCCCUCCCACAGUGGCCAUGCUUCUUUCAACGCAGCUGCCGUGGCUCAGUCCUCACACAUGCAGUUCCCGGUGUACCAUCCCCCGCCCCAACCCACUCCAAUAGCCAAUCCCCACCAUCUGGGCACCGCAAUCAGUGGCAACGUCGGAGUUGGCAUGGCCGCUGCAGCAGCUCCAGGAACUCAACUGGGCGCAUACCAGCAACCCCAAUUAGGUCACCUCAACUGGACAGGAAACUUCUGAAGACAACAACAACAACAAACUGCUUACGCGUUACUUGAUAAUAUUUUAGCUAAGCCGGGGUUUUCACUUUCUUGUAAAAUAAGAACAACACAAACACAUUUCAAUCAAAUCUACUACGAGUUCAACA